AUGGAUGGGAGUAGUGGAGGCAAACAAUCUAAGCGUGGAAAGUACAGUGAGGACCGAGAUGCCAACGGCCUUGGUAGUUUACCCUAUUCAGUUCUCCAUCAUAUCUUAUCUUUGAUUCCAAUAAAGGAUGCCAUCCGGACGAGCUUGCUCUCCAAGAGGUGGCAGUACUUGUGGUUCUCCAUUCCUAAACUUGGGGUUCGACGAGAGGGAGUUCCCCAAAAGCUUGUUGCUAGCGAAGGUGAUAUGCUUGAGAACUUGCCAACUUUCGGAAAUUUGACGGAGUUGAAACUUGAGAUGAAACGUGUCUUCUUAAACUCUGAGCCACUUGCGACGCUGCUCAGAAGAUCUCCUCACCUUAGAAUCCUAGAAAUCGAUGCGAAUGUCGUCCGGACGAGCUUGCUCUCCAAGAGGUGGCAGUACCUGUGGUUUUCCAUUCCUAAACUUCGGUUCGACAAGAGGGAGUUCCUUGAAAGGUCAAUCCUCAUGAGCUUUGUCGAAAGAGCAUUGCUUCUUCGUGACUCGUCUGCAGUGGAAGAGUUCUCUCUGUCAUGCAAAGUAAGAUAUGAUGGGUCUCACAUCAACUCAUGGAUUGCUACUGUGGCAAAGGGCCAAAAUACGUUGCCCCACUACUUGUUCAGGUGCAAAACACUGGUGAAGCUUCAACUGGAGAUGCCUAGUGAACUCGUUAUGCCUUCUUCAAUUUAUCUUUCAAGCCUUAAGGAAAUGGCUCUGAAGGAUGCUCGGUUCAUAUACCAUGAGUUAGUCCAAAAGCUGUUUUCUUGUCCUGCAUUGGAAACCCUACUUCUUUGA